CUUUCUUUCACCGGGCAAGCCUUCCUUGAUAGGCGCUAGGGAGCACUGAAGUCGGCGCAACAAAGCCGUGGCGGCGGGAGCUGCAGACCGGUCUUGCCCGAGCAGGCGACAACUGACGCUUGCCAGAGAGCCGCUCGCGAAGCGUCGCGCAGCCUGUCAGCCGGUCUAGCUGGUCGCUGCUGCUGUUUCUGCUUGAUCCCCAUGAUCUUAUUUGAGUCCUUGGCUUGCUUGAGUGUGACGUCAUGAUACCUCCCUCUCUUCCUUCCAUGUGUGCAGCAAUACACGAGGAUGUUUUUUUGUGUAAAUUUGUGUGAGAAUCUCGCGUGAACUUUGCACGCGACUAUAUCAACUAAGUUAGUUCAUCAGAAUUUUGCAUCUCGUCAAGAUGGAAGUGCCCUUAGGGAAUGGCCUUAUACUUGGGAUGGGUAAUCCUUUAUUGGAUAUCACAGCAUCCGUUGAUGCAGAAUUCUUGGAAAAAUAUAAUUUAGAACCAAAUCAUGCAAUCUUAGCUGAAGAUAAGCACAAACCUCUAUAUGAAGAGAUCGUGGAGAAAUAUAAUGUGGAAUAUACUGUUGGUGGAGCUACACAGAAUGCACUAAGAGUUGCUCAGUGGAUUCUUAAUCAGCCAAAUGUAAGUGUAUUUAUGGGCUGUGUUGGAACUGAUAAAUUUAGUAAAAUUCUUGAGAAGAAGGCUCGAGAGGCAGGAGUGGAUGUUCAAUACCAAUACACCUCAACCCAGCCAACUGGUACAUGCGCUGUUCUUAUCACCAAAGGAGGAACCCAGCGGUCACUUUGUGCAAACCUUGCUGCUGCCAACUGUUUUACUGUUGAUCAUAUCAAUAAACAAAUAAACAAGGAAUUCAUUAAAAAUGCUAAGUACUUCUACAUAUCAGGCUUUUUUCUGACUGUGAGUCCGCCUUCAAUUGUAAAAGUUGCAGAAGAAGCUCUUUCAAGAAAUUGCCUUUUUAUGAUGAACUUAAGUGCACCAUUUCUCUCACAGUUCUAUAGUGAGCCAAUGAUGCAAGCUAUGCCAUAUGUGGAUAUCUUAUUUGGCAAUGAAACGGAAGCAGAAGCUUUUGCCAAAGCACAGAAAUUUGAUUGUACUGAUUUGAGAGAAAUUGCCUUAAGAAUAACACAAUUGCCCAAGAAAAAUUUAAAACGGCCAAGAAUUGCAAUUGUUACUCAAGGUCAAAAUCCAGUUAUCUUGGCGAAAGAUGGUAUUGUGAGUGAGUUUCCAGUACCACAACUUCCUCCUGCUCGUGUUGUGGAUACAAACGGUGCAGGAGAUGCCUUUGUUGGAGGUUUUCUGGCCCAGCUGGUCCUGGGCAAACCAUUGGAGACUUGCAUACGUUGUGGUAUUUGGGCGGCUACAGAGAUUAUUCAACGCUUCGGUUGUACUUAUGAGGGCAAAUGUACAUUUACUGAGUAGUUGCUUAAUGUUGCUAAUACAUAGACCUAUUUGGAAUAGUCCAAAAAAGGUUUAAUGUAUACAAAUCGAGAGAUAGAGAAUUUUUGCACGGUGUUCAUUUUACUGUUCUGGAAGAACUUAUACUUUAUUAUGCAGAAUCAUUAAUUUAGCACAUCAUGUGUAGUAUAAAUGAUUAUACAUAAACAAAAUCUGUGUAAAUAUUUAGUAUUCACUUGCUCUGGUGCUCUCUAAUAAUACUUAAUAUAAAUAAUAUACUUAAAAUUGAAAAUAGAUUACUUAUAAUUCUAGAUGUUAAUUUUGUGACAUUUCUUUCUGCUUUAGGAUUACUUUCACAUGAUACAUCAGAUAUUGAUGUGACUUGGUUAAGAAAAAAAAGAAUUUAAACAUUCUGUUAUUAAGUGUCAAUUUUUAUAUAAAUUUUUAAGGUCUUUCAAAGUUUGUAUGAUUCAUUCACACAAACAUAGAAUUUUAUUUUUAUUGGAAUAAGAAUUGUUUGCAGAGAGAGAAAGUGUUUGCAUUAUGAAUUCUGUGAAGUUGUUUAAAGGUUAUUCUGUAGAAUUCAUAAUUAAAGACAAUCUUGAAUAUUCCUUAUUCAUUUUUAUUUUAGUUGCUCAUUUCACUAUAAGUAGUUGGUAUUUGGACUUAUGUAUGCAUAUGUGUGUGUGUGUAAGCAGUAUGAAACUGAAUAUGAAGGAAAUGAAAGAAUGUUUCCAAAAUAGUUCAGUUGUGCGGUUCUUUCUUUGUAGAAAAUACACCUGGCAACUGCUUAUUUUCUUUAUCUUUGCUAGCAACUUGUUAGAAGUUAAUUUCUUUUGCCUGAAAAAUGUAUGAACUUCAGAUGAUUUUACCCACAUGAUUUUUGUAUUCACAAAACUUAGGUUUCUUGUUAAUAUCUGGAUCAGUAUUAAUGAUGAGAAAGAAUAUAUUUAUUUUAUUAAACAAUCUUAAAAUCCUUUUAGAAAUAUUUCUAUUACUUACUGACGAAUUUUUUUAUUGAUUUAUAAUGGAUGCCAUAAGAAAGCCUUCUAAGAAUUUAUUUUCUGAAUUCUUAUUCAAUAUCCUCAGGCCUUUAUAUCUUUAUUAAUAUGUCAUGUUAUUUUGAAUCAUAGAAUAUGAUUACACAUUUGUAAUAUUUGCCCCUUAGUAUCUUAUUAGAAUGCCCAGAUUCUUGAUCAUAAUUACAUUACUAAUAAAUGUCACUUUAAAAAAAGUGCAUAAUUUUUCAAACAGUGAUACUCACCAGUAUUUGCAUUAUAGAAAUCAUUAUUGGAAUUAUUCCAAGUUCAAAAAGGGAAUAGGAAGUCACAUAACAUGCAAUAUAAUUUUUUUUUUUUUUUUUAAUGUGCAGGUAUCUUAUAAAGACAGAAAACAAUCCAAAACUUAGUUCUUGUAAUAAAACUUUUCUUAAAUCUUGUUUUAUGAAGUCAGAAGUAUUGUUUAUUAGCCAUAAUACUCUAUUAAAAUUUUGCCACUACAAUAUAAUGUUUUCUACCAUUAGUUUGUUGAAGAGUGUUCUUAAUGACAAUUCUCAACAGUUAAAUGAACAUAUUUCUGAAAUGAAGUUAAUAUUAGGUGGGUAAAAUCAUAGCUUUUAACAAAUGUAAACAAAUUUGCACAAGUAAAAUGUUUUGUUAGAUAAUAUGUAAGAAGUGCGUUGAUCAAUGAAAGUUUCAUUAUAAACUUCAGGAGAAGCUCAAAUAUAGUGAAAUUUCUGCAGUUGCCAUUAGCUGAGGUUUGUGCAAUUAACUUUUGCUUGUAAACAGAAGAAUGAAAGUGCUAAGAAAUAUAAAUUUUUGUAAACAAAUUUGUUACUGAAAGCAACCAGGCAAAAACACAGAUUGUGUUGUUUUGUAAACUUUUAAUUCAAAUUGUUCUUUCCUGUGAAUGUGCUAUUUUCAAAACUUGUUUUACAAUAAUGUGUGCAAUUAUUUUGUUUUAUAAUGUUAUUUUUUGUCUCGAAGUUAAUAGUUCCUUUAGAAUAACAUUAAUGUUUUUGAAUCUCGUUAAGAUAAUUUCAAGUGGAUGUAGCACAUUUAGUUUUUGACAUUUCACACAUUGCAUAUAAAACAUUAUUUAUCCAAUGUGUGCAAGAUAAUGAACUUCAAUAGGAUGAUUUCUAUUGGGUAUUAUGAUCAAUUAACACAGUAUAUUGAGUAGAAUCUGUGCAGGAAUUCUCUAUCAUUUUAGAGUAAAUAUCUGAAAGCUUUGUUUUAAAUUAGUAGGCAAUACUACUCAGCCUAUGAAAUAAUAAAUGUAAUAAUACAUAAUAUUUUGGGCAUUGUUACUUAAAUUGAGAAAUUAAAUGAAUUCAUAUUUAAUUAUUGUGUUUGGUGAAUUGUGUGUGCUUGUUCUUGUACUGUAAUUGAGUUAUGCGAAAAUCAAUUGAGCUCCACAUAUUAAUAAUAUGAUAUCCACCAAUAGUGUUCAGUGUCAUGAUACCACUGUGAUAAAAGAUUAUUUGCUUGAACAUUUAUUUUUUUACUGUUAUGAGCAUUCUGGAUAUUUCAUAUUACAUCAGCAAACAACCAUAUUCACUACAAGGUGGGAUUUAAGUGCUGAAUUGAAGACGUAUACUUUACUUUUGUGUGAGUCACCUCUAAAUAUUUCAAACAAGAAGGCUACUUUAUUGAAUACUUCUCAUAAAUAAAACAAAUAAAAGUAAAGGAAAUGUAAUAAAGCUAUGGGAUGUAUCUUUUAUUUAAUAAAAUGCCCUAUUUUGUAAU